CAGCUUCAGUGAACCCAGAACAGUCUGUAGAUGUCUCAGAAAGGUCAAGUUGUGAUAUUGUCGAGGCAAACUCUUCUGUCCAAGUAUGUGAAAAGUUUCAGAUGCAGACAGCACGGACUGUGACAGAUGGAUUGCAACAUACUGACCAACUAAUGCUCUCCUCGACCUCCUCUAAAGGCCAAGAUGAACAUAAAAACACUAAUGAUGAUACAGUACAAAACUCAGACCCAGACUCAUGUGUUAGCAACGAACAUAAAUCAGUUACCUCCUCGGAGGCUUUAGGAACACGUGACGCGCUGCCUGUUGAAAACACUACAGCAAAGGACCUGGUUCGGUCAUGUGUAACCAUUCAGCAAAGCACUGGUAAAGUGACAGACAACACCGCUGAGCAGAUAUCAGGGACCUCCUCGGAUGCAAAUACCGACAAGCAUGUGGAGCAACCUGACGUCAAGGAAUUUCAGCACGUUCCACCAGAAAACUUGAUUUCUCCUGACGCCAUUGCCUUGAAGAGGGUAACGGAGGAGCUGCUGGAAGCCCAGAAUGAGCUCAUAGUGUUGAGAACUGAAAAUGAGAAGCUGACUUUGAAGCUGAAUGAGAUGUGUGAAGAGGAACUGCAGUCAGUCAGACAGGAAAACGAACUGUUGAAAUCAAAACUGAAGGCCAUGGAGACAGAAUCUCACCCAGUUCAAGAGCCAGUACCUACAGAGAACAGCGUUUCCUCUCAUUUAACACCUGAAUAUGAGGAUCCAUCAAGUAUAAAACCUGAUGAUAACCGUGACGGCGCCACUCUAGGACGAGAGGAGUUACAAACAGCUCCAGAGAGCGACCCUGAUAAAUCAACUCCAGAAGUCCAACAUGAGAGUUUCUCCAGUGCACAGAUUCACUGUCUCCAGGAGCAGGUCCAGUCAAUGCAGGCUCAGAUCCAGAGUCUCGCUGAGGAGAACAAGAGACAGGUUGAAGAGCUGGAGUUCUGGAGGCAAACAGAUCUGUCUCCGGGGGAAACUGUGGAUCACCAUGGUGACAGUGGUACCAUAGUGCUAGUGAGAGAGGAUCAGCUACUCCUCUCCUGCAGCUCUAACAGGAUUUUGGCACAGAACCGAGACACAAGGACCAUGGUCAUACAUCAGUCUGGCCCCACUGAGCCAAACCACCUGUCCUCUACGCAGCCUGUCCCAGAUGACCAGCAGAAGCUCUGUGGCGCCUGUGGCCACUCCAAUAAAUCAUCAGGGUCUACUCAGGAGGUGGUGGCACAGGAUAGCUGCAAGACAACCAAAGUCAAUAUUUCCCCUAAGAUAGACACCAUGACAGUUAACAAUAACAAUGACGCCCAACCUGGAGUCCUGGACACAGAUGUAGCUGGAGGUAACAGUGAAAACAGUUUUAGAGACUCACAACUUAAGACCAAAUCAACAGAGCAGGCUGACAAAGAUGAACUGCAGACCGCUUUGGUCAUUCCUGAACCUGAGACCAAAGCAAACGCUGACAGCAGACAAAAUAACCAGCAGGAUACUUCACAGAAUGUGUCAGGGGCAACCGAACGCAAGGCCAAAGUAAUCGAUGCCAAUCAAAAUAAUGUCUUGUCAGAGACUGAUGAUCCCCAAAAGUCGGACCUUUCCGGUCAGGAACCGGAAUGGAAGGGAACAGCUGACUUGGCCCAAGACAGAGAUGAUGGGGAAAAAACUACUCCUCUCCAAAAUGACACUGCCAAGGUUAACAAAGGAGAGAGUUUCGUGCCAGCUGAGGGCGACCGGAACUGGGCUCCAGUCCAGAGUGCAGAGGUCUUGGAAUCUCCUGGAGGAAGAUGUCUGGAGGGCAAGGACUUGAGAGAGAUGAGAAGUCUGGGUACACAGACAGAGGAGUGGGAGGGAGAAAACCGUGGAAGCUCUCACAUCCCUAGAGAAGGUCAAACGCUCCUCCAUGUCAGCACUCAGACAGAAGCAGAGGAUCCAGAGAAGCCACGACAGGAGGAGGAAGAGGAGGACGGCGAGGAAGAGGCUGCAGACUCUCCGCCCCUGUCUCCUGCGCUGGUAACGGACGCCGAGAAGCUCUUGUUUUCCGGAUCGUUCCCCAUUCCCGCCGACCCCGUUCACCUCGCCGAGCGAAUCCGACGCAGUCGCACGCGCAUGUCCGCAGCCUACGACGACACAGAGUACGAGCCUUACGGACUGCCUGAGGUUGUCAUGAAAGGGUUUGCAGAUAUUCCCAGCGGUCCUGCUUGCCCAUAUGUCCUCAGAAGAGGGCUUCUGGGUACCGAAGCAGUACCCCUCCCUCUCCGAGAACAAAAAGAGGAGGAGGAGGAGAAAGAGCAAGACCCCUAACACACACCUCAAGUGCUGCUACAGUUUCUGCCUGAAGAUCUAUGGGGAACCCAAUUGUGGGGUGCCUGUUUGGCUGAACCGUGACUAUCAGCACCAUCAUCACUUUGCCAGG